UCAAAUCUCCAUUUUUAGUGAGCUGGCAUUAGUGGGCUGUGACCUUUAGAAGAGUUUCUUAACCAUGCCAGGUAGAAAGGCAAAAGGGGGCUCCAGUUGUCUAAUUGCUCUUCCUCUAGGUCAGAUGACACUUUCAUAAAGAAGUUUCCCUGAGGGCUCGCCUUUGUUUCAGAAAACUGAAGGCACUGGAUGGAUUUCAAAAUGAUUGCCCUUUCCCUCCCCUCGCCUGAAGCAAGAGGGCGUUUUUCUCUGAUCUUCACUGUGAGAACCUCAAGUGGCUUCUGAAGAAGCUCUUGAAAAUUGCAUCAAGUCUAAAGUGAACCAGCUCACUCUCAGGCAGAACUAUAACCAUGAGCAACAAUGGAACAGACCUAACCCUUGGUUUCAUCUCCUCUUCUGUAGCCAUCCUUUUGUUUGGCUCAAACUAUGUACCACUUAAAAAAUAUGAUACUGGUGAUGGAAUGUUUCUCCAGUGGGUACUUUGUGCUGCUAUAUGGUUGGUUGCUUUGGUGGCCAAUCUGGUAUUACAUUGCCCUAAGUUUUGGCCUUUUGCAAUGGUGGGGGGCUGCAUUUGGGCAACUGGGAACAUUGCUGUUGUCCCAGUGAUGAAAACCAUUGGUUUGGGUCUUGGACUCUUAAUCUGGGGAUCAUUUAAUGCCUUAACUGGUUGGACAAGCUCAAGGUUUGGCUGGUUUGGAAUGGACGCAGAAGAAGUAGCAAAACCACUGCUAAAUUACUUGGGCGCUGGGCUAUCAGUAGUCAGUACUUUCAUAUUUUUCUUCAUCAAAAGUGAAAUACCAAAGAACACGUGUUCUAUGGAUACCACACCAUUAAUGACAGAGCAUGUGACCAACAAAACUCAAGACCCCUGUCCUGGCUCCUCCUGGGUGGAUAAACUUUCUCCAGUGCAGUCCCGAAUGGUGGGCUGCAGUCUUGCAGUGAUAUCUGGAAUACUCUAUGGAUCCACAUUUGUGCCAAUCAUUUAUAUCAAGGACCACAGCAAAAGAAAUGAUAGUAUAUAUGCAGGGGCAAGCCAGUAUGAUUUAGACUAUGUUUUUGCACACGCCAGUGGCAUCUUUCUUACGAGUACCAUCUACUUUCUGGCUUACUGUAUAGCCAUGAAAAAUAAUCCUAAACUAUAUCCUGAAGCAGUCUUGCCAGGAUUUCUGUCGGGAAUACUUUGGGCAAUAGCCACCUGCUGCUGGUUCAUCGCUAAUCACUCUCUCAGCGCUGUGGUCAGUUUUCCCAUCAUCACUGCUGGUCCAGGAUUUGUAGCUGCAAUGUGGGGUGUCUUCAUGUUUAAAGAAAUACAGGGUCAACAAAACUACCUAUUAAUGAUAUUUGCAUUUUGCAUCAUCUUGACUGGAGCAUUGUGCACUGCUUUUUCUAAAACCUAGCAACCACAUGACCAGCAGGUGGCAGCAGUGAUUAAGAGAAGGCCUCUACUGGACACUAGACAGAUAAUGCUGAGAACAGAGAUCAUUUUCAUACCGCAAAUGGAUCUCAACUCAUCUUGGAGUGGGUAAAUGAUUUUUUUUCAUAAGUGUGAGAAUAAAGGAAAACAUUUUCAGUCAAGUAAAAAAAUGAAAAAUUAUUCUGAUGAACUUUUUUGAAGGUAGGACUUUAGGGAGUGACUAGAAUGUCUACAUUCUUACAGUAUCCUAUCUAAGGGUGCUCUUUAUUCUUUUCAGUACUUUUAAAAAUUUCAAAAUAAGCAUGCACACACAAAUAAAAAAGACAUAGUUGGGAAAUUUUCCAACUCAAGAGUUUCCUCUCCUACAGAUAGAAGCCAGAAACUCACUCUCCUAGCCUUCCUUGCGGUAGGAUGUGCUGCUCCUGACGGUGUAGCCUCCAAGCCCAAUGUUGUGGUCCUGCUGGGGAUUCUGUGAGCUACCUAAUCAAGUUGUAUGAUAAACUUAGCCUCAUUAAAAACAAACUCAGAAAUAUAUUUAUAGCCUAUUUUAAUCAACUUUAAUGAAGUGUAAUUUCUAUCCAAUGAAAUUCUCCCAUUUUAAGUGGACAGUGCUCUGAGCUCCAGCAAAUGCACACGUAUAUGAACACCACUACAAUCUAGAGACAGAACAUUUCCAGGAACCCCAAAUGUUCCCUUCUGCCCCUUUGUAGUUAACCCCCAAGACAAGGCCACCAAUGAUCUGUUUUCUGCCUUUCUAGAUUACGUUGGUCUGUUCUAAAGUUUUAUGUACAAGGAAUCACAUCAGUAUGUACCCUUCUGUGUUUGAUUUCUUUCACCUUAUAGCCAUUUUAUAUAUUUUUUUACUGUGCACAGAUGAUGUGUUGUAGAAUUGUGCACCUGAAACCUGUAUAAAUUUGUUAACCAGUAUCACCCCAAUACAUUUAUAAAAAGGGAAAAAACAUUUUUGCUUCUCUGAAACAAUUAUAAUUCUCAAUUAUUUUUGCUAGUGUAUAUUCAAAAUAACAAC